CCAGCUGCAGCUUGUGCCGUGUACGACUUUUCAGUCUGCGCUGCGGUGUCAGAACUCGAUCAGACUUCCGCCAGCAGACUCUAGGCCCGCUGUUCGCGACCGCCAAUCUCCGGACUCCCUCUUACGCACUCAUUGACGUCUGCAGACGUUCGUUAGGCGCCGGCCCCGCGAUUCCAGGUUGGCGAUUGGCGAUUGGAUCCCAACUGCGCAAGCCCGCUCAUCAAUCCGAUUCAAUUACUAUUAUAAUAAUCAAACGUAAAGGUUAUCUGUUGCUCCCUCUUCCGUCCCUCCACUUCCCUCCCGCUCUUUUCUUCCGCCUCCUUUGAUUCCCCCGUUUGAAAGUACCCAUGGAUCGCUAUGCCAAGAUAGAGAAAGUCGGUGCAGGCACGUACGGUGUCGUGUACAAGGCGCGCGACGUGACGAACAACCAUAUCGUCGCGCUCAAGAAGAUCCGGCUCGAGGCUGAGGACGAGGGCGUGCCCAGCACUGCUAUUCGCGAGAUCAGUCUGCUCAAGGAGCUCAAGGACGACAAUAUCGUCCGGCUGCUCGACAUCGUGCACGCGGACCAGAAGCUCUACCUCGUGUGCGAGUUCCUCGACGUCGACCUCAAGCGCUACAUGGAGCGGGCCAACAGCACCGGGUCGCCCAUGACCGUCGACAUUACCCGGAAAUUCACGCACCAGCUGAACGCGGGCCUGUACUAUUGCCACUCGCACCGGAUCCUGCACCGCGAUCUGAAGCCGCAGAAUCUGUUGAUUGACCGGAGGGAUAAUCUGAAGCUUGCGGAUUUUGGGCUGGCGAGGGCGUUUGGGAUUCCGAUGCGGACGUAUACGCAUGAGGUCGUCACGCUGUGGUACCGCGCGCCGGAGGUGCUCCUCGGCUCGCGGCACUACUCGACCGCGAUCGACAUGUGGUCGGUCGGGUGUAUCUUUGCGGAGAUGAUUAUGCGCGGGAACCCGCUGUUCCCGGGUGAUUCGGAGAUUGACCAGAUUUUCAAGAUUUUCAGGAUCUUGGGUACGCCGAGCGAAAAGGUGUGGCCGGGCGUGAGCCAGUUGCCGGACUAUAAGGAGACGUUUCCGCAGUGGUCGACGCAGGAUCUGAGGAACAUUUUGCCGCAGUUGGAUGAGGAUGGGAUUGAUUUGCUUAUUCAAACGCUGAUGUAUGAUACUGCGAAGCGUAUCUCGGCCAAGCGGGCGCUCAUUCAUCCGUGGUUCGCAAACUACGAGCCCUGAGAUCUGAGAGCUGGGUCCUGAGGCCUGAAGGUUGAGAGGGAGGCUCGCAUGUUGUUCGUUUCUGGUCCGUUUGUUUUCUAGAUAAUCCCUGUAUCACGUAUUCCCAGCCGUUUUUUCGACUAUGUCAUUGCAUUUUGGUCAGGUGCAGAGUGCUGUUGUCACCUAUAAUAUGC